CAGAGCAUAAAACGCCUCUGAUCAUGGGACUUAGACCCCUGAAAAUGUCAUUGAGUGCGGAACCGUGGUUGUGUGUGUUGAAAUGCCUGUAAGCACAGCAGUCCUGCGGUGUGCUCCGUAGCUCUCCUCAGCGGAAAGCGAUCGAUGGAUUUCCAAAAACUUUGCACUUUUGAAACUUUCCAGCGGGUCUGGAGUCGCUACGGUUAUGGGGGAAACUUGCGAGACGUGAUCGAGCAGGAGUUCACACGGAUUAAAGGAAUAACAUAUCUGGAUCAUGCAGCAGCUACUCUGUACCCUGAGUCUCUGGUCAGGGACUACAGCUCGGACAUUUCAAGGAACUUAUACGGUAACCCUCACAGCCAUAAUCCCAGCAGCAGAUUGACACAUGACACCGUGGAGAGGGUCAGAUACAGGGUAUUGCAGCAUUUUAACACCACCCCUGAGGAGUACUCUGUGAUUUUCACUUCUGGUUGUACAGCUGCUCUCAAAUUAGUGGCCGAGAGCUUUCCCUGGAGGCCGCAGACAGAGAGCGAAGCGGGGAGUCGCUUCUGCUACCUCACCGACAGCCAUACCUCUGUGGUUGGCAUGACAGGAGUGACUUCUGGCCAGGGGGUAGUUGCACUGCCUGUCUCGCCGCAGGAGGUGGAAAACAGGGCAAAAGAUGAGGCUCAAGGUGAAGAUGUUAUUUGCCAGACGCCGCACUUGUUCUGCUACCCAGCACAGAGCAACUUCUCUGGGAGGAAGUAUCCCCUUAGCCAUGUGAAAGGCAUCCAGGCGAGACGCCUUUACCCAGCGUGUGACCACAAAGGCCACUGGUUUGUGCUGCUCGACGCUGCCUCUCAUGUCAGCUGUUCCCCUUUAAACCUACAGCACUGCCCUGCUGAUUUCAUUCCCAUCUCCUUCUACAAGAUGUUUGGCUUCCCUACAGGGCUGGGGGCACUUCUUGUCCGUAACGACGCAGCAGGCAUACUAAAAAAGACUUAUUUUGGAGGAGGCACAGCAGCAGCUUACCUUUCUGGAGAAGAUUAUUAUGUGCAUUCAGCAAACAUUUCUGACAGAUUUGAAGAUGGGACUGUCUCUUUCUUGGACAUCAUAGCUCUAAAUCACAGUUUUGAAGCUCUUUACAAGAUCACAGGGGGCAUGCACAACAUCCAACAGCACACGUUUGGUUUGGCACGCUACACUUACAUGCUGCUGUCAAGUCUUUGCCAUGGCAACGGGCAACCAGUGGCUCAGAUAUACACCGAAGGGCAGUUUGAGAGUCCAAGCACACAGGGUGCAAUCCUAAACUUCAACCUCAUGGAUUCUCAUGGAAAGAUAAUUGGAUAUUCUCAGGUGGACAGAAUGGCCAGCCUGUACAAUAUACACAUGCGCACAGGCUGCUUCUGCAACACCGGGGCCUGUCAGUCCUUCCUCGGGAUCACCAAUCAGCAGAUGAAGAGAAACCUGCAGGCUGGCCAUGUCUGCGGAGACAGCAUUGACCUGGUGGACGGCCAGCCGACCGGAUCUGUCCGCGUGUCCUUUGGCUACAUGUCAACAUUUGAAGACUGUCAAAAGUUCCUGAGCUUUGUUGCAGAGUGUUUCGUAGAGAAACCAGUCACGGUGGACCAAGUGAAACUAGAGAAGCUAAGAGCGACCGCAGCAGAAUCCCAGGGCUCAAAUGAGGAUUCUACUAUCAAAAUGACUAAUGGAGAAAUACAUCAAGCAGAUGAGACGAAGCCCACAGAGGCAUCACUGAAGGGAUUUGGACACACAGACUCAAACAGCCAUGGGGGGGCUUAUUCUCUCACCGACAUCUACAUAUAUCCCAUCAAAUCGUGUGGAGCAUAUGAGGUCCACGACUGGCCAGUGGGACCGCUGGGUUUGCUAUAUGACAGAGGCUGGAUGGUGGUGAAUGGAAACGGCGUGUGCCUGAGUCAGAAGAGAGAGGCGCGUUUAUGCCUCAUUCGCCCACAAGUCCACCUGCCCUCAAACAAAUUGCUCCUGCGGGCGUCAGGGAUGGAUACCAUUUCUGUUCCUUUAGAAAGCAGCCCUCAAAAGCACACAAGCUAUCCGGUGUGUCAGAGUAAAGUUUGUGGUGACAGGGUGGAGACUGUCGACUGUGGGGACGAGGCUGCAUUGUGGCUUUCAGACUUCCUUGGACAGCCAUGCCGACUGAUAAGACAAAGUCCUUAUUUCACCCGAGACAUGAAGAAGAAGCCAAGCGGAGCUGCCUCCUCCUCUUCCUCGUCCCUCUCCCUGGUGAAUGAAGCUCAGUAUCUUAUGAUCAACCGUGCCAGUGUGGAGCUCAUUCAGAAACAAAUGAGCAGCAGGCAGGACUAUUCUGAGGGCGAUCAGCUGCUUGACACACAGAAUGUCAUUAGCCGCUUCCGAGCCAAUUUAGUCAUCACUGGAGUAGAACCAUUUGAAGAAGAUAAUUGGUCACACUUGAUUAUUGGCACCACUCGAUUCGUGGUUGCAGGUCAGUGUGGAAGAUGCCAGAUGGUUGGAGUAGACCAGGAUACUGGGACCAAAACAAAAGAGCCGCUAAUGUCCCUGACUGCUUACCGCGACGGGAAGGUGACUUUUGGUGUCUACCUGACCCAUCAGCUACCAAAGGAUUCCCCUACAGGCAGUGUUCUCUCUGUUGGCUCCCUCGUACAGCCAAAGAUACACAGUCCUUGAAGUGGUCAUUUGCAUCAACAUCAACUUAUUUAUUUUGGGUGACAUCUUUGGUCCUAAGCAGUCAGUUCUGCACUGCAUGUCCUGAAGAUCACCUGUAAAUACACUGUGGGGAGUUUAAAUAGAUGCUACUCUUUUCUUUGUCUGUGUAGCCCUGGUGGGUUCUGUCCUCUCAAGUGUCCUUUUCAUACAAGGGCAUUGAGAUUUUAUUCUAUUCAAGUCUGUUUUGAUGGGAAAAUAAUGAGAUUUUAUUCCCCAUGGUUAUGUUCUUAAAAUGUGUGCAGUAAAAUAGAUGUGAAGUAUUAAUUGCUUGACAGAAUUAUCAUUUGAAUGUGUAACUGUUAUUUUAGCCAAAACAUGUCAGGCUUGAUGCUUUAAUCACUGUUCAUGUUAAUCUCCCAGACAGUUCUUCCACUGUUUUUUCCCAUGGAGGUUUAUGUUGCUAUUUAUUCCAAACACAACAACACCGUUACUGCUGCCAGAAAUCUGAAACACAUUGUAAUAAAUAAUAAUACUGUACUGAAAAAAAAAACAACCUACCAGACACUCAGUGCUUAGAAUAUACUCCCAACAUGGUGCUGAACUGGACGUAAUAUUUUCUGCCAGAGUCUAAUUAUUUGAAAUAUAAGAUAGAAAACAGUAAGGUUAGACAUCUCGGCCACCAGUAAUUAUAUGCUCAGAGUGACAUGCUUGUACAUAAAGUAUGUAUGUGCUCAAUUGAUCUGUUAAUGUCUGGGAGUAAGUAAAAUUGGUGCUAUGUAGAUUUUGUGCUGCUAAUUGCAUAUUUGACAGUAUGUGUGUGGCCUUUUAUAAAGGCAUUCCAAAAGAAGUUGAACUAAGUAUAUAGACAGAUGACAGAUUAAAGGAAAUUCCUAUGUAAAGUGUCUCAUUUGGUAUUUGAAUGAUGGUGGUCGACAGCGCUGUGUAACACAUCACUCCAAAAUCUCAAUUUGGUUUAGAUCUGGUGACUUCAUAGGCCAUCGGAUAUGAGUCACAUAAUUUUCAUACUCAUCAACCCCUUCAGUGAGUCAUUUACUCUGGUUUUUCCUUUAAUAGAUCACUCAAUUCUACCUCUUACCAGAGCACACACUCCUGUGCUGGUAACUCAGUGAUGUCUUACUUUCUUUUGUUAUUUGUAUGUGUGUUAUAUUUACUCAUAUUUAAUGAUCAACAUUUAAUGGAACAAACUGAAUAGUUUUCAUGAACUUGUAAAAUACAUGAUUUUUAAAAAUUAAAUAAAAUUUUAUUUCAGUAUUAAAACAGUUGGCCUA